CUGCUGCUGCUGACUUCCGCUCACACGCGGGAAACGAGCGGGAAACCACAGAAGAAGAAACACAUGUGUUGAUGAAUGAAUGUGCUAACUGUGCUAACUCACUUUUUAAUCCAGACUGACUUUAUUUAAAGACAACCACAGGCCGCUGUUUGGGAUCAUAAUGUCGGGCAUACCUCCAGACACGUGGCAGCCGCCGACAGUUGCCUUGGAAACGACGAUGGGCACGGUUGUGUUGGAGCUGUACUGGAGACACGCACCGAAAACCUGCAAGAACUUCGCAGAGCUGUCCAGGAGAGGCUACUACAACAACACCAAGUUUCACCGGAUAAUCAAAGACUUCAUGGUGCAGGGGGGAGACCCCACAGGGACAGGUCGCGGUGGUGCCUCCAUAUUUGGUAAACAGUUUGAAGAUGAGCUGAACCCAGAACUGAAAUUCACAGGUGCUGGUAUUCUGGCGAUGGCCAAUACAGGACCGGACACAAACGGAAGUCAGUUCUUCCUCACCCUCGGACCCACUCAGUGGUUAGAUGGAAAGCACAGUAUUUUUGGAAGAGUAUCUAAGGGGAUGGGAGUCCUGAACCGGAUCGGGAUGGUAGAGACAAACCCUCAAGAUCGGCCAGUUGAUGAUAUCAAAAUUGUCAGAACUCAUGUAGCAAAUUAAACAAAUGCUGUUUUGUUUUUUACUCUGAUUUUUUUUUUUUUUAA